AUGCAUAGUGCACAUGUAUCGAUUGUUCUCUCACACCCUUUGGACAAUUAUGGUGAUCACUUCCGCGUUAUUUCGACUGAAAUGAAAAUAAGAAGCAAAGAAGAAAGUGAGCGUACAAUUUCUUAACUAUCGUCGAAAAUUGAAUCAUACAUUCACAGGUAUUAUACUUGGGCACGUGCUGGUAUUUAGUUUGCUAAAGUGUCUAGUUGGUCUUCAGGUGAUUAUGGUGAGUUUAUUUACUUUAUUACAAUAAAUUAUUUACAAUAUUAUUAUUAUUAAAUUUAUUAAAAUUAUUUAUAAUAAAUUAUAAUAACUUAUUUACUUUAUUAUAAUAUGAAAGAUAUACAGUAGAACUUUCUAUAUCAAACGGAACAUGUACUAA